AUGAGCUCUAAACGAACCCCGCGGGCAAGCAUCGCCUGCACCAAGUGCCGGCUGCGCAAGGUGCGGUGCGAUGUCGCCUAUCGCGGGCACCCCUGCGUCAACUGCAAGCUCGACCAGGAGGAGUGCGUGGUCCAGUUGCGAGGCCGAGAGUCGCGCCUCCGGCUUGAGUUGGGGACUCCGGAUCAUUCCUCGUCGAGCCCUACAUCUGCGUCUGUGUCGGUAUCUGCAUCUGAAGCAGCACCUCGCUCGGAUAAGGAUUCAAAACCAAAGACUCCACGACGUCCACCAAGGAAAAAACCCGCCGAUCCGAUCCCAACAUCUACACCACCCACAUCAUCGACGGCGGCAACAGACAUCGUCUUCCAAGCAUACCCCUUCAUCAGGUCCGAGUUCCUAUCGCGACUAAACCAAGAUGAGAUCUACUAUCUCGACUCGCAGUCAUGCUUCCGUCUCCCCGUUGCAUCGCCCUGGCAGGGCCUGCUACACGUGUACUUUGAGCACAUCAACCCGGUUGUGCCUGUCCUCGAUGAGGCGGGUUUCUGGCGCACGGUGCGAGAGAAUGGGGCGAGUUCGGGUUCGACGCUCUCGCUGUUUGUCGCGCAGGCGAUUUUAUUCGCUGCGUGUCCCUUUGCGAGUCGGCGGACGAUUAGGGAGUGUGGGUUUGCGAAUUGUCGAAAGGCGAGGGCGGCGUUUUAUCGGAGGGCAAAGCUACUCUACCGCCUCGAAAGCGAACUUCGCCCCAUUGAAAUUAUCCAGGGAACCCUCCUCCUCUCCCUCUGCUCCUCGGCCCAAACAUCCAGCCCUGUCAACUCCGUCUGGCUCAGCAUCGCCGUGCAGCACGCGCGCGCUCUCGGUGUGCAUCAUCACCACCACCACCACCACCACAGCAAUCCACCACAAGGCACCCCAUUACCCCCGGACUGGCUCGAGCUAAAACGGCUGUGGUGGGUAUGCCUCGUCAGAGACCGCAUCAUCGCCCUCGCGCACCGGCGCCCGCUGCAGAUCGCCGUGGAUAAUUGGGACGCCGAGCUGGAGCUCCUCUCGUCGCGGGGGGUGUGCGAGGCUAUGUGUCGCUCUGAGGUGCAUUCUGCGCCUGUUAGACAGGGACUAUUUGCUGUUUUUGUGGCUGUUCUUCGUCUGUGCGUUCCGCUGACGAGGAUCCUUGCUCUUGCUUCUACGCCGGAAGCAGGGCAUGGGAAUGGAUUCCUGGAUUUGGACCCGAGUUUUGAGCUCGAUCACGCUGAUGCAUGCGCAGAGGCCCUGAGACAAUGGCGCGAUGAGACAAAAGCACGGUUCGAGACGUGCUAUCGCGCCGGUACACCGGUUGACUCGAUUGCCAUGCAUGAUCAUCUGCUGCAGAUAUACUACCACUCAGCAUACCUCCACAUCCUCGACUCGAAGAUCACAGCCGCCGCCACCCGCCAGAAACACGCCCUGCACGCCCACGAUGCCCUCGCAGGGAUUGGCAGCGCCGUGGAGGCAGCCAUUGAAGCUAUCGCUACUAGUCUUUCGAUCCUGGCGACGCGGAGGUGGACGCAGUAUAUACCGAAUAGCAUUAUAAUGUGCGCAGUCCCCUCUGUCGUCCUCGACGCCGUAUACCUCAAAGCCACCACGACUAGUACAAGAACCACCACUACUCCAGCCACAAUCCCAAAUGCAGAACCAUUUACAAUGCACCUCCAAAGCAAAAGCAGCGCCGCUCGCGCCCGCAUCCAGACCUUUUACGAAACAACCCUCGCGCUCCAAACCCGGUAUAACAACGUGCACCCGGUCACAGAGGUGAUUAACAAGGUGGUUGAUUUGCUUGAUGGGCCAAAUACAUCGAAUUCUGCAUCUGCAGAAGGGUCUACUACACCUUUAUCUGCGUCUGGGUAUGGAUCUGUGUAUAGUUGUGGUGGUAUAUCGAUGGCCAUGCGCACGCGUCACCCUCGCGCUUGCUGGAACUGGAAUGAUCUCGUUGCCUCCCAGCCUCGGUAUUACCUCGGUGUCUUGCGUGCGCUGGAUCUUGUUCUUUCGACGGGGCGGUCUGAAAGUAUGUCUACACCUGCACCUGCACCCAUGUCUAUGCCUAUCUUUGAGCCAGCCCUUACACCUGUGCCUCCUCUACCCGCGGUUGGCUGCUCGGUGGCCAACACCGAUAUCGGCAGAGAUCAAUGUGCGGAAGAAGACAUGGGUAUAAGAACAGACGCGGAUCCAGGCACGGAGGUAGACAUAUUUGCCAAAUCUCCCCCAAUCGCCAUUCAACCCGGGCCAAACAACGUUGUAUCGACGCCGCCGCCGCCACUGCCAGAGCCACCACAGUCGCAGCCGUUGCACGUAGACACAGAACCAGAACCCUCAAAGAAAGACACGGACAGUAGUACCUGGAGCUGGAACUGGAGCUGGGACUGCUGGAACGAGAACGGCGGUCCCCCCCGUAGUGACGGAACUCUGGCCCUUGCUGACAAUCAUGAGCGAAAGAUUUCUACAUGCUCGGACUUUGACACCCAGCAAAUGGCGAAUUCUCGCUCGUCGGACCCAGUGCUGCGAGAUAUUUUCGGCCUCUGUCGGGAUUUGGAUGUUGAGACCUUGUUGAGUAUGGUCUGA